AUGGAAGGAGUUGAGACGGUGGAUGUCAGCUGGCUUCAUCAUUCGCAAAAGGACCAUCUAUCCCGCUGCAAGUCAGCAUCAUCUGUGGUCAGCGAUAAGUCUGUCGCCGAUUCAGAGGUCACAAUCGCCCAACAACGUACUACCGAAAAGACGACCGAUCAGAGCUCAUUAUCCUCGUCCGUUCCCCCUUCCGCGCCCAAUGCAACAUCUCAGCCAGAUGGGUCGAAUGCCGAGAAGGAUGUUAAAAAUGAAGACAAGUCAGUGGAAGGAAAGCCCACUGGCACUUCGCCAGCGUCUCAGAAGAGUUCGCCGAGGCCUGUUACCGGGAGAAGGAAUUCUUGGAUAUCAAGCAUUAGCUCCAAGUUUUCCUCUGGAUCUACCCCGCCGUCGCAGUCGAAUAUGAAGGCCCAGCAAAAUACAAAGGCAACCUCGCCGGUUUCGAAGAUGGAUAUGCAUAAUCCUUUUGGUGCGGCUUAUUCACCCAAGGAUAAGGAAGAUGAGAGGACGAAUGAGAACAAUCCUUUUGCUUCGACAUCUCCCAAGGGCCCUUCGUUUCUCACAAGUGCUUUCCGGAAACUCUCAUCCUCUGCAUCCAGCGGGGCUAACAAAAUGGCUUCCACUGGGACUAUUUGCCAGCGUCGUGUGAUGAACAUUGAUCAGGACCGAGAUAGAUGCAAGAUUCCAGAUCUGAAUCCCGCCAAACUGCGGCGUGUCGCUUUUUGCGUGGAUGUGGAGAUUGCUGGUAUAUCCUACCGGGAGUCGGAUGAAGACAGCCCACCGGCAAGCAGCAAGCGACGUACUGUCCCGGAGGUCAAUGGCCAGAAGUCCAAACGAUCAAGUGCCAAGUCAAAAGAGAAGGAUGAGGCUGCGGCGUUGAAGAACCCACAAGCUGCAGUUUCUUCCAAGGAAAAGAGUGGCCAGACAAAUGGAACGGAGGAAAAGAAUCCUUCUGGAUCUUCAGAAACGACCACGGCUGAAGCUAAUGCCAAUGGCGAAACCAAGGAACCCACUCGAAAACAGGAGAAGAAGAAGCGAUCAGAGGAAGAACGCCGGGAACGGAGGGAAAGGAAGCGGAGACAGGCAGAGGCAAAUGGUUCCAUACCAAUGCAACUGACAGCCGACGGUCAAGAGUAUGGGUCCCGAACACCCGUGUCCAGCACAAGCCGUACAAAAACACAAAGUCACCCGACAACUGAUCCCGUACGGAUCUAUCGACGCUGCUGUCAAUUGCGUGAAACACCUGUGCUGAAGCGUAUCGUGGACGAAAUUUCGUCGCCUUCUUCCACGUUAGCGGAGUCUCCUGGUACUGUUGCUGUACUUGACCUGAGCGACUUCCCCAUGACAACUGAGGACAUUGCCACUUUCUGUGACUGGCUGGCUGUUGUGCCAGUCAGGAAGCUCAUCCUUGAAAGAUCUGCUUUAACGGACGACUCGGUUCGAUCAAUUCUGGCCGCACUCCUUUCCACCAGAACAGUGGAGCAAAUGAUGCAACGGCGUAGAAGGGGCAAGAAGUCAGAGGCUCAGUCCUCGGAAAAAGAAGAGAGGCUCAGUGUUAUCGAAAAGCUAUCUCUAAAGGAUAAUGCAAAGAUUGGCCCCGAGGGGUGGCGUCAUAUUUGCCUAUUCGUGCAUCUUUCAAAGUCUCUGAAGGCGAUUGACCUGUCGGGCAUUUCACUUCCCAGAACGCCUAUUACUGUCAAUUGCUCCAAUAAAGGCGCAACUCAGACCCAGAAUGUCACCGACGUGACGACCCUCUUCGCAAACUCGCUUGCACAGCGCCUGGGCGGUGACUACCUCGAAGAAUUGUUGUUGAGCGAAUGCCAACCUACAACCGAAGAUGUGAAGAAGAUCUGUGACGCAGCUGCAACUGUUGGCUUGAGGAGACUUGGCUUCGCCAACAACGGGCUGAACAGGGAAGGCUUGGAGCACAUUGUUGGUUAUCUAAAGGCAGGAAAAUGCGAAGGGUUGGACUUGGGCGGGAACCCGAUCCGGGACGAGUUGGAUCUGAUCACAUCCGUUCUCACGAGUGACCACCCGCUAUAUGCGCUGAGCUUGGCCGAUUGCUCCCUGACACCCGCCGCCGUCUUCCCGUUGUUCCAGGGGCUGACACGCCUGCCCGACCUUCGCUUUGUCGAUUUUUCCCACAAUCCAGACCUUUUCACCAUUGAGCCCGAUGCACUAGCCACUUUCAGGCGAUUCCUCCCCAAGAUGCCUGCUCUCAAGCGCAUUCACCUGGCUGACGUCAAUCUGUCUCCCGACCAAACCAUCGCUCUUGCCGAAGUCCUCCCAGAGUGCCCCAGUCUAUGCCAUUUGAAUAUCCUUGAAAACCCAGCCAUUGCCUCGUUGGCCUCUGCAACGGACCCUGCCAGUCAAGAAGAAGCAUGUGCUGUCUAUGCAUCCUUGAUGGCAGCGGUGCGUGUGUCGAGGACGAUUAUCGCCGUGGACAUUGAAGUUCCAAGUGCGGAGAGCAAUGAGGUCGUCAAGGCCCUGGCCUCCCAGAUAGUUGCCUACUCCCUUCAGAAUCUUGAACAAGGUGCCAUUGCGGUAGAAUUCUCUGAUCCGACGGACACAGCAACACGACCGACUGUCCAUGUCCCGGAAAUCCUGCAGCACAUCGUCGGCCACAGUGUUGGGGACGAACCCGAAGAGGAUGACGAACCCGCACCUGACGAGGAUUAUGUGAUCGGGGGUACCGGGGUGGUCAAAGCUCUCGGUGUAUGCCUGGGUAAUCUGGAUCGUAAUAUGCCAGGGGACCAGUCCGGACCCCCAAGUGGCACAACGACACCCAGGCACCGGAAGUCCAGCAGGUCGUUCGUCACCAAGCGGCCUCGUGACAUGUCCAAGAACCUACUGGAAGCGGCACGGAAUAUCCGGACCCGCAUCCAGUCGGCUCUUGUGCGCGAAGACAAGGCCGGCAAUGACACCAAUUACAGACGCCUUCAGUUCCUUGAUUUCACCCUACAGAGAAUGAUCCAGCGAUUCGAAGACGAGUACCCUGAAACACGCAUCGUACCCCAGACCAUGCCUUCGUACGCUAUUCACGAUACUAGCUCUCAGAAUUCGGGUGACGAUGGGUGGAAUGGUCCUGCGCUUGAUAGCAACCAGCAGAAUGCCAUCAACACCGAUGCUGAGGUUGCAGUGGACGAGGAGGAGGACCAGUAUGCUGUCCGACUAUCGCGAGCGAGCUCGAUCACGUCGCUUCAUUCACGCGCCAUGACCUCCGAGGAAGGACAUGUUCACCGUCUUGGGCAAGGUAUCCGGCGCGAUUUUCUCCGGCCUUCCCUCGAUCAGGCGGAUGAUGAUAUGACGGCGUUCUCCUUCGAUGAGUCCCAUAUGGCCGCCUUGCGCGAUAAGCUCGAUCGCUUACACGAGGAACAAACGCACUCGCAUUUUGAGGGCGCUGGUGCGGACAGAGCCCUGGAGGAUCUGGGCACGACGGUGGAGGAAUUGUGGGCUGCUCGCAAGCACGAUACGGAGACCUUUGAGAAAUUCCGACAAAGCCAGAUCGCCGCGCAAUUCAACAGUGGCAAGAGGUCGUCGCCUGCCAUACCCGGCGCAAGCAACGGAGCUAAGAUCGUGCCAGGCCAGCAGCCUGCCUUAUGA